CCAGGCGCCAGCCCACCAGAGCUUUCACAGUUAAUCUAUAAGUCUGCUCGCACAUUAUACUACAGUAAUCCCAUGACUUUUGACUAGAGCGACGCGACUUGCAGCAUCAGUCGCAACAUCUCCUGCGGACUUAAGUUCAAGUAAGCAAGUUGGCUAAACUUAUACACCCUCUACACUACAAUCGUCAGCUAGAUAGUGCAGCUAUAGGCAGGUUCUAGAAAGCGAUACGGUAGAGGAUGCAGAGCCUUGGCAACCAUGAGCUAACCUCCAGGAGAAGCUGCGGGAGAGCACGCCCAUGGGUGCAACAUAUACACUUUUUCAGUAGACCGUCCACGCGGUUAGGUCGAGUCGUGCCUCAAGCAGCCGCGUCAAACAACGGCCCAUCACCAAGCGAUACGAGCCCAGCAGCGCGACGCGACUACAGCGUCAGCCUCUUUGACGCGCUCAAGUUCAACGGCCCCGCGCCCGAGCUCAUCAACGGCCGCCUCGCCAUGCUGGGCCUGCUGGCCGGCGGCUGGCGCGAGGCGCACGGGGCCGGCACGCUGGCGCAGCAGGCGGCGCUGCUGCCACCGGGGGAGUGGCUGCUGCUGGGGGUGUGGGUGUGGGCCUCGCUGGUGCCCGUGCUAAAGGGCGCCAAGAUGGAGGCGUUCGGCUGGUUCACGCCCCGCGCGGAGAUCACCAACGGCCGCGCCGCCAUGGUCGGAUUCGCGGUAUUGCUGUGGCUGGAGGACAAGGCGGGGGUGCCGUUCUUCUAGGAAUGCUGGGUCCGCCUGGCGUAAGGAGGAAGUAACUAGCCACGUGGCAAGGGUCCUCCCAAAGGGUGUUGAAUCAACGGUGUGUGCCUGGGCUCGCUGGUGU